AUGUUGGUCCUCCUGGCUGCUGGCUCCGUCUUCUUCCCAGGACUCUUCCUGGUGUCCAAAUGGACCCUGAAGCUGCGGAUGGGAUGCAGCGAAGCAGACGCUGCGGUGCUGUCCACACGCCUGGUUUCGUCUCUUCAGGCCGUGUUGGCCUCGUCGGCCGGCUGUGUCAUCGUCUCGUCCUGCAGAGAUGUCAUGGAGGACAGACACUGGCUCACUGAGGCCUACAUCCUGUUCGCCACUCCGUACUUCCUCUACGACAUCUACGCCAUGUUCCUGUGCUACAAGCACAAGCUGCAGGUCAAAGAUCACGAGGAGGCGGGGCUUGGAGCGGUGCUGUCGGGUUACCUGCAUCGUGAGGUUCUGAUGGUUCUGCAUCACGUCUUCAUGGUGACCUUCUGCUUCCCCGCUUCUCUGCUGUGGCGCCAAGGCCGAGGAGACUUCUUUCAGGGCGUUUUGUUUCUGGCCGAGCUCAGCACGCCGUCUGUCAGUCUGGGGAAAGUUCUGAUCCAGUUUCAGAAACAGAACUCGGUUCUGCACCGACUCAACGGACUCGUGGUUCUGCUCACCUUCUUCUGCUGCCGGGUGCUGCUCUUCCCCUACCUCUACUACGCCUACAGCAGGUAUGCGUCCAUCCCAGUCCUGGCGGUCCCCCUGGUGGCCCCCUGGCAGUGUAACCUGGGGGCCGCUCUGCUGUGGCCCCUGCAACUCUACUGGUUCUGUCUGAUCUGCAGGGGAGCCCUGAGACAGUUCAGACACUCAAACACACCGCCAGGCGGGACCGACCGCUGACAGAACGAAAGACCUGGACUGGGUCCAGAAUGAUGGUCUCUGGACUGUGGGGGGUUUAUUUUGACAGGAGGUCUCAAACAGGA